AUGAACAGUCAGAGACAGAACUGCUUGGAGCUGAGGAAAGCCAGCAAGAGGCUGACCUGCCACAAGCGGUACAAGAUCCAGAAGAAGAUCAGGGAACAUCACCGAAAAGUAAGGAAGGAGGCCAAAAAACGUGGACACAGAAAGCCCAAGAAAGAUCCUGGUGUUCCCAGUGCUGCACCAUUUAAGGAAGAGCUCCUACGAGAAGCAGAGCAAAGAAAGCAGAGGCUUGAAGAACUAAAACAAAAGCAGAAGCUCAACAGACAGAAAGAACAAGAAAAGAGAAGGAAGCUUGAAGCUAAAAAGAAAAUCAAGGAAAAGGCAGAAGGAAAGGAAUCCUCUGGCAAAUCUAAAGCAAAGACAAAGAAACCACUGGAUAAAAAUUCAAAGAAAUCCUUUUGCAGGGAACUCAACAAGGUGAUUGAGGCCUCAGAUGUGCUUCUAGAGGUUUUAGAUGCAAGAGAUCCAAUGGGCUGCCGGUGUCCUCAGCUGGAGCAAGCUGUGACUUGCUCUGGAGGAGACAAAAAGCUGCUGUUGGUUCUCAACAAAAUUGAUUUAGUGCCAAAGGAGAACUUGGAGAGGUGGUUGAAUUACUUGAAGAAGGAGUUUCCAACGGUUGCUUUUAAGUCAGCAACACUGAUGAAGGACAAGAUCAUGCAGCAACAGCAGCAGAGGUUCACAAAGAGACGUGCACAUGUUGAUUUAGCAAUAACCACUGAACGAUUUGGAAGCAAAUGCCUUUUGAAACUACUUCAAGAGUAUGGCAAGACUCAAAACAAACCCAUUCAGGUUGGGGUAGUAGGUUUCCCUAAUGUGGGAAAGAGCAGCAUAAUCAACAGCCUUAAAGGAGUUCGUGCUUGCAAUGUUGGCCUGGCCAGGGGAGUUACCAAGUCCAUGCAGAUUGUGCACCUUGAUAAACAGACAAAGAUAUUAGACAGUCCAAGCAUAAUUGCAGCUCCUUCCAAUAGUGCCUUGACUCUGGCCUUGAGAAGUAUCAUAGACACUGAAAAAUCAGGGUCAGCAGAUGUGCUCGAAGGAGUAGAUGCCAUUCUGAAUCACUGCAGUAAACAGCAGGUAAUGAUGCACUAUAGUAUCCCAGAUUUCAGGAACACUGAGGAGUUCUUAAGUUUACUUGCUCAGAAAAGGGGUAUGCUGAAAAAGGGAGGUGUUCCUGAUGUAGAGAAUAUAGCUAAAUUACUACUUUGUGACUGGACCGGAGCUAAAGUAAGCUACCACUCACAACCUCCAGGAUCUCAGAAACUGCCACCAUAUCUUACAGAAGACAAAAUAGCUGAAAUGCAGGAAUGCGUUAAUUUAAAGAACAUAGAAGAAGAAAACAAAAACACUGUUCAAGCUUUAAAAUUCCCCAGUCCAGCAAGCAGUGUCAUUUUCCAGUCAGCUGGUAUGACAAAUGGGAUAAUAGACGAAAAUAAAGUGAUAGAGGAUGCAUCAGAGUGGGAUAACAUGGAAACAAGUAUGGAGGGGGAAGAAGAUGAUGAAGAGGAUUUCACAGAAAGUGAUGACGAGCCAGAUGAUAUGGAAGAAGAAAAGAACAUCGAAGAGGAAAGCAAAGCUCAGGUCACCAGGAAAGCAAAAUUUGGAAAACGACAAACAAGCUCUGGAAAUCCAGAAGAGCAGCCAGCAGAAGGUGAACAUUCCAAUUCACUACCACCCAGCUUGGAUAAGACAGCAGAUGAAGAUGAUGCCUAUGAUUUUAAUAUAGACUAUGUGUAA